AUGACUUCGUUUAUUAUCGACGCGCACAAGGAUCGGCCUCAGCAUCCAUCUUGGGGGCACAAUGACGACUGCCCGUUCUGCAAGAUUGUCACACACUCUGCUCCUGCUUAUAGACUCUAUGAGAACGAUCGCGUCGCAGCAUUUCUAGAUAUUCUCCCACUGAGAGCGGGGCAUACGUUAGUCGUCCCCAAGGUGCACUGCGCACGGGUCUCUGAGCUACCGGAGGACUACGCUGCGGCACUCGGCGCUGCUGUGUCGAAGAUCGCCAAAGCUCUGACUCAAGCUGUCAACCAUACCGGUUUGAACGUUGUAUGCAAUCAAGAGUACGCUCAAGCCGUACAUCACGUGCACUAUCACAUCAUCCCGGCACCGAGACUUAAUGAACCCUCUGAGGCGAAGGUAGUCAUGCCCGAAUCGACGAUUGCCAUGCACCAACGGGAGUAUGAGGCUCGUAACGACCUCGACGAGGACGAAGCACAAGAAUUGGUCGAGAAGAUUAAGGCGCAUCUGUGA